AAAUACAUUACAGUUGUGUGCUGCGAACAAAAAUAAAUAUACAGCUCUGAUUUACGCGACGUAGAACGGACCACAACGUUUUGGAAACCCAUUUGCCAUGGGUCCGGAAAAAUAUAAUCGGUCCCGUUCUGGAUCUCGUAGUCGGAACCGAAACAGGUCCAAAAUAAGUAGAUCACGAUCACCCGAAGAGAAAAGAGGCCGGAGUCGGUCCGUGAAUCGGAACCAAAAUCCCCGGAGAAUUGCGCGUUCUGAGAGCGGAAGCUCGGACAGCAGUGGUGGAUCUCCGGGGCGACAAUGGCCCCCUAGCAGAGGCCAUCCCGGGUCGAGAAGCGACUCAGACAGCGACAAGAGACGUAAACUGAAGGGCAAAUCAAAAGACCGAUCCAGCUCUGACUCAGAUGAUCCAAAGGAGAGGAAGGAAAGAGACAAAAAGAAAGGCAGAAGAGAAGACAAAGGAGAGAAGAGGAGGGGCUGGAGCCAGUCCCAGUCUGAUUUAGGGUCCAGUGCAGACUGGAAGAGAGUGAGGGAUGGGGGGAACAUUGACCGGGAGAGGAGAUGGCAGAGGAGUGCAGACAGAGGGAGCAGAAGCCCUAGCAGAGAGGGGGAACAACAGAUCAGGGAGAGGACUAGGGACAGGGAGAGGAUGAAAAGCCGAGAGAGGGACCCAAGCCGAGGUGAGGAGAGUAGUCGAGACAGAGAGAGAAGCAGCCGGAGGAGUGAAAACCGCGGGAGGAGAGAGGGAAGCAGAGAUAGGGACAAAGAUAGGAAAAGACGUCGCUCUGGCUCCUCUGACUCGUCUAAGAGUUCCGGGUCAGAGGGCCGGGCCCGUGGAGGCAGCCCAGGGUCUGGAGAGGCCAGGCCCUCGGUCCGAGAUGAGAAGAAGAACCAGAGAGAGAUGCUGAAGGCCCUGGAGACCCCAGAGGAGAAGAGGGCCAGACGACUGGCCAAGAAGGAGGCCAAGGAGAGGAAGAAGAGGGAGAAGAUGGGCUGGAGUGAGGAGUACAUGGGCUAUACCAAUGCAGACAACCCCUUUGGAGACAACAACCUGCUGGGCACCUUCAAAUGGCAGAAGGCUCUAGACAGGAAGGGCAUUGGCCAUCUGGGUGAGAAGGACCUGAAAGACAGAAACAAACGCAUCCAGGAGGAGAAUCGUAGAGAACUGCAGAAGGUGAAGCAGCUGCGACUGGAGAGGGAGAGAGAGAAGGCCAUGAGAGAGACGGAGCUAGAAAUGCUGCAGAGAGAGAAGGAGGCAGAGCAUUUCAAAACCUGGGCAGAGCAAGAGGAUAACUUCCACCUGCACCAGGCCAAGCUACGGUCUAAGAUCCGUAUCCGUGACGGCCGUGCUAAGCCCAUAGACCUGUUGGCUAAGUACAUCAGUGCUGAGGAUGAUGACCUGGCUGUGGAGAUGCAUGAACCUUACACCUUCCUCAAUGGACUCACCGUCACUGACAUGGACGACCUGCUCGAAGACAUCAAGGUGUACAUGGAGCUGGAGCAGGGCAAGAAUGUGGACUACUGGAGGGACAUGACCACCAUCACAGAGGACGAGAUCAGCAAGCUCCGGAAACUGGAGGCAUCUGGAAAAGGCCCAGGUGACCGUCGUGAUGGCAUUAACACUUCAGUGAGCACCGAUGUUCAGAUAGUGUUUAAGGGAAAGACGUACAGCCAGCUCCAGGCGCUGAACCUCAACAUGGAGACUAAGAUCAGAGCUGGAGGAUCCAACCUGGAUAUAGGCUACUGGGAGAGCCUGAUGCAGCAAGUCAGGGUCUUCAUGGGCCGAGCACGGUUGAGAGAGAGGCACCAGGAUGUGUUGCGUCAGAAGCUGUUCAAGCUGAAACAGGAGCAGGGAGUGGAGAGUGAGCCUCUCUUCCCCAUUAUCAAAGAGGAGCCUGAGGACGAGGAUGUGACCGAGAAAGAAAACCCUCCCUCAAAGGAGCCUGGCGCCGCCUCUUCCUCCCCUUCCGCCAAUCAGAAGAGAGCUACAGAGAAGGAUGACCAAGUGGCAGGCCCAUCCACAGAGAGAGACGGGGAAAAGGAGGGAGAAGAGGGAGAGGAGAAGGGUGAGGUGGUAGAGGCCGUUCUGACCGAGGAGGAUUUGAUCCAGCAGAGCCAGGCAGAGUAUGACUCUGGCCGCUACAGUCCCACCCUGCUGCUGCCCUCAGAGCUACCUCUGGACACACACACCAUCACACCUGAUGAAGACACACACAAACUACACCUCUCACGCAGACAGCUCGCCGUCACAGGUGAUGCCAAUGAGAAUGCGGAGGAUGAGUUUGUGCGUCGCGCCAAACAGGGCAUGGGCGGGGACGAGGCUCAGUUUAGCGUGGAGCUUCCCCUAACGGGCAAGAUGUACCUGUGGGCCGACAAAUACCGUCCCCGGAAACCACGCUUCUUCAACAGGGUCCACACAGGCUUUGAAUGGAACAAAUAUAACCAGACGCAUUACGACUUCGACAACCCUCCGCCUAAGAUCGUCCAGGGCUACAAGUUCAACAUCUUCUACCCGGACCUGAUCAACAAACGUUCCACGCCGCAGUACUUCCUAGAACCCAGUCCUGACAACAAGGACUUCGGGGUUCUGCGGUUCCACGCGGGCCCGCCGUACGAGGACAUUGCCUUUAAGAUCGUGAACCGCGAGUGGGAGUACUCUCACCGUCAUGGGUUCCGCUGUCAGUUCGCCAACGGGAUUUUCCAGCUGUGGUUCCACUUCAAGAGGUACCGCUACAGGAGAUAGAACUGGCUAACUGACCAACACCAACUCAGACUGGGAACCUCAGACUGCCAGGUUUUAACUAUAGAUAUGGAAUGUUAAUGUACUUUGUAUCUGUUGUCUUAGUGGUAACCUUUCUCUUUGUUAUCACUAUGGCAGCCCAGACCAUUCCGUUGUCACAAAGAAUGGUUUCCAAUUCUGUUUGAUCAGCUACUGCUUUUCAAUGUACAGUUGAAGUCGGAAGUUUACAUUCACCUUAGCCAAAUACAUUUAAACUCAGUUUUUCACAAUUCCUGACAUUUAAUCAUCCUCGUAAAAAUUGUUGGGAUCAACACUUUAUUUUAAGAAUGUGAAAUGCCAGAAUAAUACUAGAGAGAAUGAUUUAUUUCAGCUUUAAUGCUUUCAUCACAUUCCCAGUGGGUCAGAAGGUUACAUACACUUUUAGUAUUAGUAUACAAUUAGUAUUUGGUAGCAUUGUCUUUUGAAUUGUUAAACUUGGGUCAAAUGUUUCGGGUAGCCUUCCACAAGCUUCCCACAAUAAAUUGGGUGAAUUUUGGCCCAUUCCUCCUGACAGAGCUGGUGUAACUGAGUCAGGUGUGUAGGCCUCCUUGCUCGCACACGCUUUUUCAGUUAUUCCCACACAUUUUCUAUAGGAUUGAGGUGAGGGCUUUGUGAUGGCCACUCCAAUACCUUGACUUUGUUGUCCUUAAGCCAUUUUGCCACAACUUUGGAAGUAUGCUUGGGGUCAUUGUCCAUUUGGAAGACCCAUUUGCAACCAAGCUUAACUUCCUGACUGAUGUCUUGAGAUGUUGCUUCAAUAUAUCCACAUAAUUUACCUUCUUUCCUCAUGAAGCCAUCUAUUUUAUGAAGUGCACCAGUCCCUCCUGCAGCAAAGCACCCCCACAACAUGAUGCUGCCACCCCCGUGCUUCACUGUUGGGAUGGUGUUCUUCGGCUUUUCCUCCAAACAUAACGAUGGUCAUUAUGGGCAAACAGUUCUAUUUUUGUUUCAUCAGACCAGAGGACGUUUCUCCAAAAAGUAUGAUCUUUGUCCCCAUGUGCAGUUGCAAGCUGUAGUCUGGCUUUUUUAUGGCGGUUUUGGAGCAGUGGCUUCUUCCUUGCUGAGCGGCCUUUCAGGUUAUGUCGAUAUAGGACUAGUUUUAAAGUGGAUAUAGAUACUUUUGUACCUGUUUCCUCCAGCAUCUUCACAGGGUCCUUUGCUGUUGUUCUGGGAUUGAUUUGCACUUUUCGCACCAGAGUACGUUCAUCUCUAGGAGACAGAACACAUCUCCUUCCUGAGCGGUAUUACGGCUGCGUGGUCCCAUAAUGUUUAUACUUGCAUACUAUUGUUUGUACUGAUGAACAUGGUACCUUCAGGCGUUUGGAAACUGCUCCCAAGGAUGACUCAGACUUGUGGAGGUCUACAAUUUUUUUAUUUUGUGAUAUCUUUUUAUUUUCACAUGAUGUUAAGCAAAGAGGCACUGAGUUUGAAGGUAGGCCUUGAAAUACAUCCACAUGUACACCUCCAAUUGACUCAAAUUAUGUCAAUUAGCCUAUCAGAAGCUUCUAAGGCCAUGACAUCAUUUUCUGGAAUUUUCCUACCUGUUUAAAGGCACAGUCAACUUAGUGUAUGUAAACUUCUGACCCAUUAGAAUUGUGAUACAGUGAAUAAGUGAAAUAAUAUGUCUGUAAAUUGUUGGAAAAAUUACUUGUCAUGCACAAAGUAAUGUCCUAACCUCCUUGCCAAAACUAUAGUUUGUUAACAAGAAAUUUGUGGAGUGGUUGAAAAUGAGUUUUAAUGACUCCAACCUAAGUGUAUAUAAACUUCUGAAUUCAACUGUACCUGUCUCCGAAAUUACAUAUUAAAGAUUAUUUUCCUAGCUGGCUUCCAUUUGAUGCAAUCAGAGCUGUGAGAGGUAAAACUGUCUAAAUCAUAUUCAAUUAAAGAAACAUCCUAACUUA